UUUUACUUUACAAAAAUUCACUGCGCAGACUCAGUAUUUUCUUCAUAUGCUUCCUUUCUGUUAAAUCUCUGUUGUAAGAGGUUGUGUAUUUCGUGUCUCUGGACAAUCGAUUAACAUCCGCAAUUAUGAUUAUCUAUAAGGACAUUGUUACUGGAGACGAACUGUUCAGCGAUGCAUAUCCGAUGAAAGAAUUACAUGGUAUAGCUUUUGAAGUGGAAGGAAAGUAUAUUACUGGACAGAGUGAAACAUUUGACAUUGGUGCCAAUCCUUCAGCUGAAGAGGCUUCAGAAACCUAUAAUGAUGUGGGUGCUUCAGGAAUUAACAUUGUCUUAUACCACAGGCUGGUGGAGGUUUAUAUAGACAAACCCUACUUUAAAGAUCAUUUGAAAUCCAGUACCAAAAAGAUUGUAGACAUGCUUACUGAAACGAACAAAGAUAGAGUCGAACCUUUUAAAGCAAGUGCAGUAAUUCUUGUCAAAGAACUUAUUAAGCGGUUUAAAGAGCUACGCUUCUUUGUAGGUGAGUCUAAUGAGAUCGGUACAUUUAUGAUACUCGAUCAUCGAGAGGAUCAAACUCCUUUCUUCAUAGUUUUGAAAGAUGGUCUUGAAAUGGUGAAAUGUUGAGGUGUCGAUUGGCCACAUGGAAAUAUAUUAUCGAUGUGAAAAGGAAAAUUUCAACCAACUUGUAUGCUAAUCAUAGCUGUUGUCAUUAGCAUUCUUUUAAAAAGAAUCUUCUGAAGAGACAGACAUGCAUAUCCUCUACAGUGACUGAUAUUGGUAAUAAAAUGAAAUUUUAAUCAA